AAUGUGAAUGCAAACAAAAGUCUCGUGAAGAUUCGAAUACGAUGCAGUUUUCCACGCGAAGGCAUCGUCCGUAUGUGGUUUUUGUUUCACCGGUGUGCAGUGGGUUGCUUUGAUUUUGGGCGUGCGUGCCAAAGUAGGCUCCCGCAGGUGUGAAGCGCGUAAGUGCGUGCCCGGUCGUAGUAGGCCUUCCCCUCUGUAUGGAAGCGGUGUGUGUUCAGUGUAGUAAAAGUGAUCAAACGGCUGAGAGGUAUUGAAUAAUUGUUCCAGCAAGUGUUCGAUGUUACUUCCCACAAACGGAGUGUAUACAGUUUUCCCGAGGUAGUCAAACCUGUUCCCGGAAAAGCUCAAUUGUGUGUGUAUGUGCGUGCGCCUGUGUGUGUGGUUGUACCCAGGGGCGAGCAAAAAGGAAGAAAGGAAACGCGACCGCGCGCGCAACAUAAGCCUCACCGAGCCUCUAGGAAAUAGGGGCGCCACAGUGCAAGUGCGUGCGUGAGUUUGUGUGUGAUUGAACUGUUUUGAAGGUGCUUGUACGUGUUGUGUGUUUUGUAUGCAAGCAGCAGUUCCAGUUCAGCAUCACAAUUUAAAAGCAUGCCGUUUUAAUGCUGUGUAUUGCGCAUAACAUAUGCUCUCUCUUUGUUCGCGAAUGACCAAGAGUCAUUGAUUCUCGUCCGGGAUCAACGUUCAAUUUUGUGAGACUUGUGGGACAAGUGCAAGCAAGUUCUUUACCAACCGACUACAUUCCCAUCAACUUACGCAUUGCUUUGCGAAACGAUGAAAGAAUCACUAUCGCUGCAUGAGAAGGUCAGCAUAAUGUCGAGUGGUGCUGGUGGUAUUGGAGGCGGGGCAGGUGAUGCCGGGCUAACCGAUAAGAAGUUGAUCCCGAUCACGCAUUUGCCAGUGUGCCAGAAGAAUCCAUUACAACCGAUCGAAAAUACCGCCACCAUGGAGCUGCCGGUACAGCAGAACGGUGGUGCGGUACACCCACCAGCUGGAGGAAAUGUGGAAGCACUAAUGUCGGUAUCAACGUCACCAUCAACGCCGGAAAUGACUCGGAUCUGUCUGGUGGGUCCGGUUGCACAGGAUGCGGCAACGCUGGCAGCGGCCCAAAGCCUCAAACUGCCGAUCGUGACUUCCGACACCGGUGCCGAGUACGUUGGGGAUGACGACAGCAUCAGCACCGUGUUCGUGUUGAGCGACUUCGAAGGCCCAGUUUACGACGCGAUCUAUAAGGCCAAGCAAAGGAUCCUUGGACCACCGGCCCUACAGCAGGCUGUGAGGUUUAGUGAAGGAUUAGUGUGGAACAAUCGGCCCAUUUACAACUACUGCAUGCGUGGCGUCAUUACAUGCUUUACCGGUAUCCGCAAGAAAGAUGAACUGACGCAUCUGGUGCAUUUGAUUCAUUCGAUGGGCGGAUCGAUUAGGAAGGGCAUGGACACGAAGGUUACUCACCUGAUCUGUAACUCCAGUGGAGGGGAGAAAUAUCGGUACGCGAUGACGUUCCGGUUGGCAAUAAUACGUCCAAAUUGGGUGCUGGAAGCGUGGAAAAAUCGCCACGAUCCUAACUUUUCCGCGACAAUUGAAACGUUCACGAAGCUGCACCGUUUAAGGGCCUUCGAAGGGCAGAAGGUGUGCUUUUUCGGGUUCCCAGAGGAGGAACAGCAGCAUAUGAUCGAUGUAUUAAAGACAAAUGGUGGCAUUCCGACCGACCUGGAAGAUCCCGAAUGUUCGCAUGUGGUUAUGCCGAACACUGGAGCACAUUUCAUAGAUGCUACCAUGGCCGUGGAGAGUGCGUCACCGAGGAAAGCAGCACAAGAGAGCAAAGAAAUGGAGCCAGAAGCAAACGAUCAAUGCAUUUCCGAUGAGCAACAGGAGAUGAUGCAUCAGCAGCUACCAGAGUGCAACGGCGUCAAAGAACUCACAGUGGAACGCGAAGUUAUGAAUGUGGUUUUACCAGCUCUACCGGAAGAGAACGAAUCGUCAGAAGGAAUGGCAGUGGAGCCGGCAGAAACGGGUAACCUAACGCCCACUCGUCGCAAUAGAGGCGAUCACAUGCUAAGUAUUGCGGAAAACGACAACAAUCAGAAUCAGUGUACGGAACGUAGCUCUCGUUUGACGAUGGUUUCGAGCCCACCAAUGCCGUACAUCGAUGAGGUGGUAGAAAGAGGAGAUCCUUGUGCCAGUUUGUGUCCAUCGGUUCGCACAGCCAGCCCUACUCCAAAGCAAGACGGAAUCGUACUGACAUCAGCCGAAGCAAACGAAUUUCUAGAUCCAAACAAUCUUUCACCGAUUCUGAAAACUGGCUCCGAGCGUGGUGGAAUGGUUGACGAAUCGUUCCGUAAAAUCGAUGAGGAGAACGAGAAUGAAGAUGACGAUGAUGACGAUAUGGAUGAUUACGUGAUCGCCAGCCGGGAGGCGUACAAGCGCAAACGACCAGAAGAUAGCUUCGACGAUCCUUCCCUCCUGUCGGUGGACAUUUCAAUUGCAUCGAACGUGUACGGUGGACCGAUCGUUGGUGGAUCGGCCAAAAAACCGAAGCUAACUCGUACGGGCUCGAUUACGCGCGGUAUCCGGCGUAGUAUGAGCUUUGCCGCGAUAAAGACACCGAUCAAGUCCAUGCUACGCUCACGGCGUAGUUCGGUUGAUCCGAACGCAUCCACUGCGUCGAUCAACACGAUCGAAGCGACAUUCAACGAAUCGAUCAAGAAACCGGUAAAGGAGAAGUUGCGCAGCAUAAGGGAUAAGAUUACCAAGAGCAGCAAGAAGGAUACGCCGAAAACGAUCAAGAGCAAGGGUUUAAUAACGCCGGCCAAUCUGGACAGCUUGAAGAAGGUGUGUAAUUUCAAGUCGACGGAUAAAGUGUCGAACGGUGGUGCAGGUGUCGGUAUGCACACACCCGAACACUGCAAGCUAUCGGAUCGCAGUGAGGUGGACUUUAAGACACCGGUGGCACCGAAUGGUUCCGCAACGAAAAUUGUUACUCGUAGCCGGGGCAAGCUUGUUGGCAAUAGUAACGCUUUUGCGAAGAACACAACGCUACAGCAACGUCACUCGAUUGCAACGAUUGGUGGAGAAUCGAACGCAGAUGCACGUAUGGGGGAAAAUACCUUGAGGCAGCUUAACGAAGAGGAAGCUACUGUAACUACAACAAAUGCAGUGUCAUCAAUGACGAUCGAUGACGGAGAAGUCAUCGUCGGUACCCGAGCGGAAGAUGCAGAAAUGAUGCCGGUCGUCGACGAGCAUGUCGUUCAAGCGAGACCGGAAACGAAGAACAAAAACACACACAUCGUCAAGGCCGAUUGGUUUUGGUACACGAUCCAGGCAGGCUAUGCGAACGAGAUCGACUAUCUGUUUGCGGAUUAUUUGGAAAGCAUAGCUCACACCCCGGCGGUCGACCGGCGCGAUUCAUUGCCGGUAAGCUUCAACAAGCGCAAGCGGAAACGUCUGUCCCAGCGCACGCCGGCCGACGGUGGUGGUACUCCGCUCGGUGUCGGUAAGCGUCGAUCGUCCGUAUCGGAUGCCGGGUUGCUGUCCGUAUCCGGCAGCUUCCUGGACUGUACCGCCAGCCCGGACAAGCAUGAGAGCAGCAAGAAGAACAUAAUUCCCGAAGCAACCAAACCUACCAACGAGCAGCCGGCAAAAACGCAGUCGAUGAGGCACAACCAUUUUAUGGACUUUUUCCACACGGAAUCGAACUACGUUGGCAUACUGGACACGAUAGUGAAGCUGUUCAAGGAACCGCUCGAGGAGAUGGUCGAGAACGAGAACCCGCUGCUAAACAAGUCGGAACUGCGGUCCAUUUUUGGUAACUUUCUUCCCAUACACGAUGUGCACAAGCGUAUGCUGGAUCGGUUGAAGCUGAUACACACGAGCUGGUCGGAGGAGGUACUGAUCGGUCAGAUCGUGCUGGACCAUCGGGACGAUCUGCUGAAGGCUUACCCGCCGUACGUGAACUUCUUCGAGCAGAUGAAGGAAACGCUCGUUCAGUGCGAUGCGAGCAAUCCGCGGUUUCAUGCAUUCCUUAAGAUCAACCAGGCAAAACCGGAGUGUGGCCGACAGUCGCUGCAGGAUUUAAUGAUACGCCCCGUGCAACGGUUGCCCAGUAUCAGUUUGCUGCUGAAUGACAUAUUGAAACACACCGGUAAAACGAACCCGGACCACAAAAAGCUGGACGAUGCGUUGAAAGCGAUCAAAGAGGUGAUGACGUACAUUAACGAGGAUAAGCGCAAAACGGAGGGACAGAUGGCAAUGUUUGACAUUUUCAACGACAUCGACAACUGUCCGCCUCAUCUCGUGUCGUCGCAUCGGAGUUUCGUGUCGCGGUGCGAGGUAACGGAACUGUCCGACAGCCUCAGUGGUCGGGGUGACCCGUUGGUACUGUUUCUGUUCAGCGAUACGCUCGAGGUUUGCAAAAAGCGUUCCCGGGUGUUCAACAACGUCAAGUCGCCGAACACGAACUCGUUGAAUCUGACGCGUUCGUCGUGCGCCACCACGAAACCGUACAAACACGUGAAGCUGAUGCCGCUCAGUACGGUACAGCUGGUGGUCAAUGUUGUCGAUAGCCCGCGCGCGUUUAUGCUGCACUGCCGCGAGCCGGCCCAGAACGCGAAGGAUCGCCAGUACUCGUUCAACAUUGCGGACGAGGAGCAGGAUAAGCUAAUAUAUCUGAAGAGUUUGUCGAAGCAGAUGGCCGAAAAUGCGUGCCGGACGGAUGCCGGCCACUUUCUGAUCAACAGCACCUCGGACGAGGUGGACAUUGACGUUAGCGACAUUAAUGUGGGCACACUGUCGAAAGCGUUCAAAAUUGCUUCCAAGACACGGAUGAAGGUCGGUCGGGUGUUUUCAUUCAAUAAAACGCCAUCGAAGUUGAAGCGAACCGUUUCCACACUGAUGCCGUCGCCGUUUGGUAGCACGCAGUCGCUAACACCCGCUUCCCAGCUGGCACAAAUGAAACUGGCAAGCUGUACGAAUUUAAAUGAAGUUGGAGAGGAAGCCGAAUCGAACGGGUCAUCCCCGUCGUCGUCCAAGGUAUUGGUAGCACCAAUGUCCGUGCAGCCGACGCGCAAGAACAAAAAUCCUCCUAUAUCGAUUGGAAACCUUCGACCUCUAUAGAACGCGUGAGUACAACUGAAGCAAGAGACGGACUCGGUAACGAUUACAUCCUUUAAAGUAUCAAGUAUAGUUUGCAAUGCCGAGCUGACGAAGAUUUUUUUUGGGGUUCGUUUACUGAAAUUUGACCACCAUUGACUGUGUGGCAUUCAUGGAACUAUUGAGGCAUCAUCCGGCCGUAGAUGCAUUUCAAAAUUUUGUGUAAAUAUGCAGCAGACCCGUAAGUUAUAGCUAUCUUAUCGAAGCGAACAUCAAGAACGGUGAAGCAGGACAUUGCAAAUGAGAGUUUGUGUGUUCGAAUGUUAUCAAACGUUCGAAAUUAAGUGUAACGAUGAGUUUUUGUCAAUAUUUUUCUUAAUUGAUUUAUAGCCUAUUUUUACAUUUUAAUCAUACAUUAGCGUAAAUGAUAUGUGCAGUUUUAUGGUUUGUUUAAUGGUUGGUUCCAUUGACGCUCGGUGGAGCCGAGUCGCGGGAUAUUUGACAAGCGAUGAUGAACGUAAAAUGAAAACAAACCGCUUUAAAAUUAUGCGUAGGAAGAAAAAUCACAUUAACGAAUAUGUGAAAAUUUCAUGAAUGAGAAGCUAUCGAUCUUAUAUCACUUGAUUUUAAUUGUGCAGAACUCUCACGUCGUUUGGGCCCUCUCGCUUUAUUAUUCCUCUCGGUGGAAAGGAAGUGGUGCAGAUGGGGGAAAGCGAAAGUAGAUCAUUGUACAAAGAUUGUCUUGAAAUACAACAAUCCCUAAAUAAAAAAAUGCU